UGGAGCCGACGCCAACCGAACAGUGCCGAGGAUGGUUGAACGCGGCAACGCGCGUCAGAGGGUAACAGUCGUGCCGCGGCCUCCGACAAGGGAGGUUUACGCAAUCGCCGUUCAUCGAGUCCGCUUUGGCGAGUCGAACCAACGGUCGUGACGAGCGUCCCGUGUCCGUGCGCGCCUUCACAUCGACGUGCUGGUCCCUUCGACUCGUUCGAUUCGUUCGUUUGUCAUCAUGUUGUGACGGAUGCACUUCCUCGUGAUCCUCAUCUCUGCGUGCGUGAUCAUUUCAUGAUACUUACCAGGAAUAUGUACGUGCGAUAGCAAGCACAGUACCUAUAGCAGCGCGUCGACUCGGUCGAAUCGCGCCCGUCGACCCGAGCAACAGAUGUGACCCCGUCGCACGCCCCCUCGUUCUUUAUAUUUAGUUGACCAAGAUUUCCUCAGUUGCCGACUCGUGACUCUCUCGACGAAUUUUCUGCCAAGCAGCGAGCACAAGUCGCGACACAAUAGCGGGCAUUGACGAACUCGGGCACUCUGGAUUUUUCUGAUAAGGAGAUAAGGAGCGUGCUUGAACACCGGCGAGAUCAAAUAACACCGAUAACGGGCGUAGCGGCGAUCGAGCGGAAAUCAAAGCAGAAUUCUUGGUCUUGAAUCUGCGCUGGUGAUCGACGAGAAUCGUCCGCCUGUCGGCCGCUUUAAGGGCAUACCUGCGGCUCCGCGGCUGAAGGGCAAGCCGACCGCAUACGCGGAGUAAAAGGCGAAGGAGGAGAAUUCCUUUGUCCUCCGAGGCGGCGCGCAAGAAGGAGCGCGAACGAGCGGAAGAGAGCGAGGCGAGAGAGGCAGGCGGCCGAACGUAGCAGCACGCGGUCAGGCCUCUCCACCUUGGAGUUCUAUACCUGGCGCAGGAGCGCGACGAGGAUCGAACGGGAGCUGCGGAGCGAGAGAGAUACGAGGAAAGAAAGAAAGAACGAGAGGGAGAGCGAGAGCGAGAGGGAAAGCAGAGAGAAACGCUUUAUACGCGGUGAACGGCCAUCGUUGUCGUUGCCAGCGGCAAAGGGCAACAACCACGUCGCGGCCGGAGAUUCUAGCAUCAUCUCUCGUUCAAGGCCAGGGUACAGCUGGCCCACGCGGACCUUCGUAACUGCGACGGUCAUUCCGAGCCCCGGAACCUGACAAUCGACGAUCCGGGCGACGAUCGACGCAACGCACGUGGGAUGCUCCGAAAUUGGCGGAAGUAGGAGGAUCGCAAGAGGACGAAUCGCCGCGAGGAUCGCCGAAUCGACUGAGAGAGAAAGAGAAGGAAAGAAGGAGAGGAGACAAGUUUGGGCAAUAGUGAGGGUGUUUGAUUUCCCGUGAUCAUGCAGCGGCAGAGGCUAUUACCGGACGCCAUGGCGGUGGUUAGGGCAGCUGUUCUCGCAGCUGUCCUGGGACAACUCCUGGGCCCCAGCACGGCCAGCAGGCCCGCCGGCGCCCAUCCCGGACACGCUUACUUCGAGCAGCCGUGCUGCGGUCGUUCCCACCUCAGACAUCACAAAGAACACGUGCGGGAAUUCAGCUGUGGCAUGCUGUACUAUAGGACACUCUACCUGGACAGUAAGAGGGACGCCCUGUACGUCGGUGCUAUGGACAAGAUCUUCAGGCUAAAUCUGAGCAACAUCAGUCAUUCCAAUUGCGAGAGAGACGCCUUGAAUCUGGAGCCCAGCAACGUGGCGAAUUGCGUGUCCAAAGGCAAAUCGGAGCAUUUCGACUGUCGAAAUCACAUAAGAGUGAUACAACCCAUGGGGGAUGGCAAUCGGCUUUACAUGUGUGGUACCAACGCUCACUCGCCCAAGGACUGGGUAAUUUAUAGCAAUCUGACUCACUUACCGCGCCACGAGUUUGUACCGGGUGUGGGGAUGGGCAUCGCGAAAUGCCCCUACGAUCCUGCGGACAAUUCGACGGCGGUCUGGGUCGAGAAGGGCAAUCCCGGGGACCUGCCGGCUCUUUAUUCCGGCACGAACGCCGAAUUCACCAAAGCCGAUACCGUCAUCUUCCGCACGGAUCUCUACAAUUUGACUACUGGCCGCAAGGCGUUCAGCUUCAAGAGGACGCUCAAGUACGACUCCAAGUGGCUCGACAAGCCGAAUUUCGUGGGCUCGUACGACAUCGGCAGCCACGUGUUCUUCUUCUUCCGCGAGACCGCGGUGGAGUAUAUAAAUUGCGGUAAGAGCGUGUACUCUCGCGUGGCCAGGGUUUGCAAGAGGGAUACCGGCGGUAAGAAUAUACUCGCGCAAAAUUGGGCCACAUACCUCAAGGCUAGGUUGAAUUGCUCGAUACCCGGCGAGUUCCCGUUCUACUUCAACGAGAUACAGAGCAUUUACAAGGUGCCGGGCGACGACACACACUUCUACGGCACCUUCACCACGUCGACGAACGGACUAAUGGGCUCCGCGAUAUGCUCCUUCCACAUUGACGCCAUUCAAGAGGCAUUCCGUGGAAAGUUCAAAGAGCAAGCGACCAGCAGCAGCGCGUGGCUGCCCGUCUUGUCUAAUAAGGUACCGGAACCGCGACCGGGCCAGUGCGUCAACGACACAGAGACACUGCCGGACACCGUCCUGAACUUCAUAAGAUCCCAUCCGCUCAUGGACUCCGCCAUCUCGCACGAGAACGAGAAGCCGGUGUUCUACAAGCGAGACGUCAUGCUCACGCGCCUGGUGGUUGACAAGUUGCGCAUCGACUUCGUGGGAAUCGACCUGGACUACACCGUCUACUACGCUGGCUCGAGCGACGGCCGCGUUCACAAGGUUGUGCAGUGGGUAGACAGCAACGGUGAAUCUCAGUCGAUCUUGCUGGACGUUUUCGACGUGACGCCCGGCGAGCCGAUCCAGGCGAUGGAGAUCUCGAAGGAGCACAAGGCGCUCUACGUGGCGUCUGAUCAUCGGAUCAAGCAGAUCGAUUUGGUGAUGUGCACCCGCCGAUACGACAACUGCCUGCGAUGCGUCCAUGAUCCGUACUGUGGAUGGGACAAAGAUACGAAUACGUGCAAGCCGUACGAGCCUGGGCUUCUUCAGGACGUGUCGAACAGCACGGCGGACGUUUGCGACAGCAGCGUCGGCAAACGGAAACUGGUCGUCACGUGGGGCCAGUCGGUACACCUGGGAUGCUUUGUCAAGAUGCCGGAAGUGUUGGCGAACCAGGAGGUACGGUGGUACCAUUACAGCAAAGAGAAGGGCAGGUAUCAGAUCGCGUACAAGUACGGCGCCGGCGGCGACAAGUUCAUCGAGACCUCGGAAAAGGGUCUGGUGAUCGUCGGUGUGAAUGAGCAGGACGCUGGCAGAUACGACUGCUGGCUUGGCGGUGCUCUUCUGUGCUCGUACAACAUCACGGUGGACGCGCACAGGUGUUCGGCGCCCGCCAAAUCCAACGACUACCAGAAGAUCUACUCGGACUGGUGCCACGAGUUCGAGAAGUACAAGUCAGCGAUGAAGAACUGGGAGAAGAAGCAAGCGCAAUGCGCUUCGAGGCUGAACGACAGCAAUCAGAACCUUCACACGAAUGAGGUGUACGGCACCCCCGUCGUCUGAUGGAGUCGAUCGUUGGGUUCCACAGCGUCGAGCCGAGAUCACGAUGACACGAUGAUGCGCGCAAGUGUCCCGCCGAGGAACCGCGGCUGGACCACAUCCGGCCAGACGACGAGCCUGGCCAUCCUGCUGGCCGGUCACGUCACCGCGCUCGGCCCGUUGGUCACUCGAGGACUCUCAAGCGACUGAGCGACCACGUGCCGCAAAACUGUCUGGCAAGCCAGACGAAAUGGACAAACCCGACAAAUAAGUGUAAAGGACGUGCGAAGGCGAAGGAUCGAUCGUGCAUGCAACUGCUAUGGGCUGCUGAUCGCGAGUGGCCGAUCGAGUUCACGGGCGUUCGGUGACCCGCGGUUCGGUUCUCACGUCCGCGCGUUCUCAUCCCGUACUUUCCGUUACGUGUUAUUUUUUACUCGCCUCUACUCGCCUGUAAAUAGACAACGCGUGUCCGCGCGCGCGAGUCGCGAGAGGCUCGGAGAACAGACGCUGGCGCCGGCGAGCGUCAUCUUUAUGAUGAUGACGGUAAAGAUGGUGAAACGUUGCGGGAAAACGAUAGGACGACUGAUGAUCCUCGAUUCGAAUUCGAAUUCUCGACGCAGCAUGGUGCUCUCUAUGGUGAACGGUAUCCUUCAGGUGUCGAAGACUCGCGGAUGGAGUUCCGGUUCCUCGGAGCGCCCUAGAUCGGGGCCAGAAGCUGCACGGCAAGAGAGUGCGCGUGCGAUUUCCUCCGAUCAGCAUGCGGAAUGGAGGAAAUUUGUACAUACACGAUAUCAGAGGCUCGUUCGCGGAAGACGACACAUCGCGUCGUUCGUGCGAUAUCAUCGUAACGAGAUGCCGGUCAUCAACGUCACUCCGAUCAAGCGGUAUGCUGACGGAAGGAGGCCGCGUUCUCCGCAGUUGCUCGUCUCUGCGACAGAGUGGUUGAAGGACGACCUGAAGAGCGACCGAGGAGCAUCGAGAUGGAGUUUUCCCAACGACGGCCGCUGCGAGGGAGGAGGCGACGGCGUCGGUCGAGGAGGCGAAGGUAAAACGUAGCGUCGGCGCGAGAGAAAAAGAAAAAGCGACAAAAAAAGAGCGAAACGUGGCCAACGAUGGCGGCGUUAACGAUGUCACGCAGGUUACAUAUGAGAUUAUUAUCAGGCUUAGGGACCCCUCGUGCGAGCCGCACUGCACUCGCGCGACCGCCGGUUUUUCAGCUUUCCAUAUCACGCUCGCCACUUUUGCGGUGCGCGCACACCUAUUUUCUCUGCUUGCAUUCACCUCCGCCGUUCCUCCCGCACCACCAUCGCCAUCGUCUCUCCCCGCAUUUCCUUCAUUUUUCCUUCGCGUAUCUCGACAAUCGCGCGAGCUACCACCCCGUUAUCUUCUGUUUGCGGGGACCCUCGUUCUGAUCAUCAUCACCCUUUAUUCUUCACGCUCGCGCGUUCGCGCGAUGACGCCGCGCUUUCGUUUCUCGUCCGCGUCGAGGAAAAGAGAAAAAGAGGGUCAUACUCGCGCCCGCGCUCGUAUCGCAGAUAGAACUCUCAAAAUUAACAGAUUAAGACUUUCGAGACAUUAUUCUCAAAAGUUUCGAGUAAUUAACAGAUCUCCGAUCCGUCUCGAGUAACAUCGCGCGCGUCGUCAUCGUCGAGAACCCCCCUUCUGAACCAAGGUGCUACGCGGGCUCCUAUGAUCUCGGAUCCAGCAUACAGACACACAUACACAUGUCUACACACGUUUCAGAAAUUCGUACUCCGUUUUCUUACUCGGUUCUUACCCGACAGGGAGCAAGUGCGCGCGCGAGGAACGCGUUUACGCGCGGCCGACCCGCGACUCCGGCGACUUUGUCGUGCGCGUACACGCGGACGAUGUACUGUACAUAAUAUACCGGGAUUCAGAAUUCACGUGUACACACUUUCCCGUAGAGAUAAGUCUAAUAUUAGCGUAGCGGGUAUAUAUAUAUACGUGUUUGCUUAUUAGUUCUCGGCGAACACGGCGGCCAGAUCUCUCCUCGCAUCGCAUCCGGUUACGGUAUCGGCGAAUACCGAUCGCCGAGAUCGAAUCUGGCGCGCGUUGCUGGGACACAUCGAGACGAGCGAUCGUUUCGCGACGAUUCCGCGGACUCUCCGAAGUGAAGAGCCAGCGCGAGCCGGCGUUACGCGUUUUCACGCGCGUAUACGUAUGUCCAACGCGCGCGUAGACUGUGCAUAGAAACCACCGACUGGAUCGAGCCUGCACAGCACCGAUGUCUGUGAAAUCUGCUUUUCGAAACUGACCAGAGUUUUUUUCCGAUUUUUUUGCUUUUUUUCUUUUUUUAUGUGUGCACUGCUACACUCGGUUCGUCUACGGUAUCAAUAUCGAUUAUUCUCCGGUUCGUUUCACCGUCAUCGCUCUUAGUUUUCGUUGCUCGCUCGAUUCUUCAUUACGAACGAGAAGCUCUUUUCGACCGAGUACGGAAGCGCGCAUGUUUCCGUAUCGACUUCGCGCGUUUCUCUCUAUCUAUCUCUCUGUCUCUGUACAUAGAUAAUAGUAUUAUAUUUUUAUAAAAAAUCGACUUGGCACGAGAGACUUAAACUGCUGAAAAGUGACGACACGCUUUAGAUCCAGUAUCGAGUACUUUGUCCACUUGACUGACUUGACUGACCGCGGAGAGACCGUUUGCGGACUCUGGGCGACGUGUGAACGUAUUUCUCGAACCGCGCGUGAACGACAAGCGCGAAACCGACCUGAAAAAAAUAGCCAAUAAAUCGUCGCGCUUCACCGCUAAUUUUACAGAUGCAUACGUCCUCGUUUAUCGCAAUCGUCCAUUGAAAAUUACGCGGGCCCACAUACAUUACGUACAUGACACCCCACACAACACACGCGCACACAUACCGUGACAGUGGAGAAUUAACGUUCGUGUUUAGCGUCCGUCCGACUUUUCCUCGGAGAUCGACAUACAUAUUUUGUAAUCAACGCGACAGCCGACAACGUCUACCGAUGCUCAUUUGGCGCGGUUGGUCGAAUACGAUCGGCGUAUCGAGGGAGCACCCAGCCAGCCAUAAAUACAGCAUAUACAUAACACGUAGCCUGUAAAGAGCUAGCUAGAAUGGGGGAGGUUUACGAUGAAGCCUCCCCAUCCCUGUAACGUGGACCUUUCAUUUUCCCGAAGCGGUUCGCCGCGUCUCGGUGAUAGUGUUUCGCUCUUGCCCCUAGGUUUGUACAUAGACGUUUGUAAUAUCGUAAUAUCCGACGAGGUAAUAUCCUCGAUAAGGUAACAGCAGCGCGCGGAGACGCCCGAUCGAGUCUGGACGCGAGCGCACGACUGUUACUAACUAUACUGUACAGAGAUCGUCGAACGCAGCGAUUUACUUUUUGUACCUAUAAGGCUCAACAACCUACGCGAUUGCGACGCGAUGCGCGGCACAGUAUGGGGUGGCUCCGGAAACGGGGAACCGUGGAGCCCGGAAACCGGAGCGAGAUGAGAGCGUACCCCUCGAGGGCAGAUGCGUUAAGAGUAACACACAAUAAGCGGUAAUCUAAUCCUCGAGUAUGUACUUAUUAUGAGCUUCAACAAGUAUUGAAUAGUAUUACGACGUAAGGUUAAAGCUAGACGCGCACGUUUUAAGGAUAAAACCGAGAGGACUCCUCUUCGGAGCGAUCGGCUAGCCGCGACGUCGCGCGGAUCAACGAGGUGUUCUCCGCGCGUUUUCAGCGCGGCGCGACCCUCGUCGAUCCGCUCGGUCCACUCGUACCUACAAAUCAUCCCCAAAUUCCUCCAGCCAUCAACCGACGUCCGGAUCGUACUCGAUCACAGGCCGGAUGUCUGGAUGUUGAGAAGAGAGAGCGAAAGAUGUGGCUAUGCGUGUGAGUGCGUGCGAGCGUGUGCGUGCGAUUGCAUGGUGUUACGGAUCGAUACGUAAAGAAUAUAGUAACCUACCUAUCGUAUAUCUAAAGAAAGUUAUAAUGAAGAGUAAAAGCAAACGUAAUAUUACGAUAGAAUAGUAAAGUACACGAACUUUGGCUAAGCGCGCCCACGUGCACGGCCCUCGCGGACCACGUCCGUUCCUUAGAGUGUUGAGAGAUCGGUACGAUAAGAGAGAUGAAGAAAGGAGAAAAAGAAAGCACAUCGAUCAGAAAACAACGAUGAUCCCCGUCUCGCUGGUCGCGCGAGUGUGUCCGACGCGCGCGAGUGCACGGGGACGCGCUUCGGGGUUGGAGUAGGCGUGAUCACGGAAAGCAAUCUAAGUUGAACCUAAAGUUGUUAGAUAUAUUAUUUGUAAGAUUACUGUAUGUUGCGUGAAUGCGAUUGAUGCGGCGGGAUGUCGCGAGCGGAACGAUCGAUCGGCGAUGCGGGCGAGGGCGGCCUUCUUCGAGCAUCGAAGGGGCGAGUUGCACGCCCGCUAUUAUCUUGGAAAAACGAAAAGAAAUAAAAAGAGAGAAAGAGAUGACCCCGCGCCUGCGAAAUCCCAGUCGAUUAUCCCGCAACGUCGACCGCGAUGGCGAGAUAGACUAUAGCUCGGUUUAAUGUAUGCGAUACGAUGAAGCGACUUUCGGGGUAACGCACCAUGAUAGUUACUCGUGUAAGGGAGUGCAAACAGGGGGGGGGGAGGAGACGCCCUAACUGAUAAAUAAAUAAAUUAGUCACGACGACAUACCACUACGAUACGAGGAGGCAGGAGGAAGGAGAGGAAGCAGGAUAGCAGGAUAACAAUUUAUUAAAAUAUAUCACUAGGACUAGCCGACGACUGUCUUAGGUUUCGAGUAUCGGGAACGUAGACUCGUUUCUCGCGAUCGGGAUGGGGUGGAUAUAGGGGGGUUGGAUGGGACAGGGAAGGAUUUGCUACACAUGGCGCCGUGUACCCUUUACUUUUUUACCCCCGAUGAUUACGGAUGCGGAAGAGCGGGAAUGAUCCGUUGACCGAUCUCCUCUUUAAUUUCAUCCCUCCCGCCCCUACCCCCUUUCUUUCUUUCCGCUCUCCGGCAUGUCUCUGGCGUCGUUUUUCUCCCGUGUGACCGUUUUUCUUUCCCCCUUCCUACUUUUUCUUUUUUUUACGAUAUAUCUUGCCUUAAAGCAGAAAAUUGGAGCGAACUCGCGCGCGAGCGCGAGAUUAAUAGUCCAUUCGUAUCGCGGAGAACUCAUCCUUCAUCAUCGCCGUAUUCCUCUUCGUCUUUUCGGUGCGCUUCUUUUUUGCAUUCUGCUCGUUCCUGUCGACAGCAGAGCGAUCAGGGGUGGAAAUUAGGGCCGGGCGGUAGCGCGCCGUGAGUCGUUUGAAGCUCGAAGGAGCCGAUAUACCGCUUACGGGAAUUCAAUUUAGCCGCACGGCAAGGGACGGGGAUAUCAUCCCCGCAUCCGCUCGAGGUAACGCAGCCGUGGGGCAUGCAUCGGCGCAUCGGCAGUUUUGUUUAUGGAACGCACUCGUGAAUAUCGAUCUUCCUGGGAGCGUCCCGCGGAGCGUUCGCUGUUUGUUCGCAUCGGGCGAUAUGUUUAUCGAUUUAAUUAAUUUAGCCGCGUGCGUCACCUCGCGCGCGCUUGCCGAGCGAAAUUGCGGCUCGCUUCUGGUAGGAGAGAUGUGCAAUUUCUCGGGAUGUCGCCCGAGAUGUGCGUGUGCGUGCGUGCGAAAAUCGUAUAUCUCUUACUUUUUACUGCGAAAGAUCAAUCUCCGCCGUUUUCAUUGUUCAAAAAAUAGAAUAACCCGUGUAAUUCGGUUCCGGAGUGAAAGCGGAGAAUCGCGUGAAAUCGGUUAUCGCGAUGCAUACAAUCGAUCGAUUCACGGUACGCGCCGCCUAAAACUUCAGACUCAUCGACACGUAUGUGCGAUUAUCAGCGUUAAUAACAUGACCGUAGGUAAUUUUCAGUUCAAAGAAUUUCAUACGAUAAGAGACCCUUUUAGAUAUUCACUUAUUACCUAAACCUAAACAUCCAAUCGCUAUUUUUAUCAAAAAAACAUGUUAAAAAUCUUUAAUAGUUAUCCAUUGUUCACUAUUGCUAUAAUAAAGUUUUGCUUUAAUAAAUGA